GCAUCUCAGAUCACGUGACCAUGCCAGUUACCCACGUGGGGCACGGCGUGCUCCAUUCUUUGUGCUGGGUUAAGGAGGAGGCAGACAGGGGCCGAAGCAGGCAACGCGAUCAAAAUACUGCUUCAGUGGGCGAAGUGGAACUGGUGCAGAAAGGCGUACAUUACAGUGAUGCCGAAACGUGGGAAAAAGGGAGCGGUGGUCGAAGACGCGGAAGAGCCCAAGACUGAGCCAGAGGCGAAGAAGAGUAAGGCGGGAGCGAAAAAGAACGAAAAAGAGGCAGUAGGAGAGGGCGCAGUUCUGUAUGAAGACCCCCCAGAUCAGAAAACCUCACCCAGUGGCAAAUCAGCCACACUCAAGAUCUGCUCGUGGAAUGUGGAUGGGCUUCGAGCCUGGAUUAAGAAGAAAGGUUUAGAUUGGAUAAAGGAAGAAGCCCCAGACAUCCUGUGCCUCCAAGAGACCAAAUGUUCCGAGAACAAACUACCAGUUGAACUUCAAGAACUGUCUGGAUUAUCCCAUCAGUACUGGUCAGCUCCUUCAGACAAGGAAGGGUACAGUGGUGUGGGCCUCCUCUCCCGCCAGUGCCCACUCAAAGUCUCUUAUGGCAUCGGUGAGGAAGAACAUGAUCAGGAAGGCCGAGUGAUUGUGGCUGAAUAUGAGGCGUUUGUGCUGGUGACAGCCUAUGUGCCUAAUGCAGGCCGAGGUCUGGUGCGCCUGGAGUAUCGCCAGCGCUGGGAUGAAGCCUUUCGCAAAUUCCUGAAGGGUUUGGCAUCCCGCAAGCCCCUUGUGCUAUGUGGGGACCUCAACGUGGCUCAUGAAGAAAUUGACCUUCGCAACCCAAAGGGAAAUAAAAAGAAUGCUGGCUUCACUCCACAAGAGCGGCAGGGCUUCGGGGAACUGCUGCAGGCUGUGCCACUCACUGACAGCUUCCGGCACCUCUACCCCAACACGGCCUAUGCCUACACCUUUUGGACCUAUAUGAUGAAUGCGCGAUCCAAAAACGUUGGUUGGCGCCUUGAUUAUUUUUUGUUAUCUCAGUCUCUGUUGCCUGCAUUGUGUGACAGUAAAAUCCGUUCCAAGGCUUUGGGCAGUGACCACUGUCCCAUUACCCUAUACCUAGCUCUGUGACACCUCUUCCAAAUCACGUUGAGCCUGGGAAAUAAGCCCACCAAGCUAGCUUUAAAAUUCUUACCCCAAACUUCUUUAAUAACUGCUAUCUAGAGAAAUCUGCAUUGUAUUUCCCUUCUAAACUGAAUCCUUUAACCAGGCUUCUAAUAACAGAUGUAAGUUCUCAAGGAGGGUGUUUGUGUAGGGGUGGUGCUUUUUUCUUUUUCUUUUUUUACAUUAAACAAAAGCUACUGAUAUUUCCUUUGAACUGUCCCUGUGAAAAUAAAGAGCCAUAGUUUCAGCUUUA